CCAUCUGUUGUCACUUCCAUAAGCUUUAAACAAUUGCUGACUGCUGCUGACUUUCACUGCCAUGUGAACUAUGGAAAAGACAGCACUGCUCCUCUCCAUCUAUAUAUUGUUCGGUUCAAAUGCACAAGCUUCUCAGUGGUGGAACAGUUAUGAAAAUGGGAUCAAAAAUUAUAUUUCACUGUUUGGAGCCAGUGGAUUUCACCGGAAUAUCAAGCAAACUAAGGAUCAACACUCUCCAUUUAUUUGUCCUGAUAUGGAACCCUCAGAAAUAGAACCUAUGUCAGUUCACACUUUAAAGCCAGCAGAUAUUAAAAUAGUUGCUGCUUUGGGCGACUCUCUGACUACUGCACUUGGUGCAAAUGCUACAAAUGUGUUACAGUUACCGAUUGAAUAUCGACAUGUUUCUUGGAGUAUUGGUGGCUAUGGAACAUUCAGUGCAGUCAUUACCCUUCCAAAUAUCUUAAAACUCUUCAAUCCCAACAUCACUGGCUAUUCUAAAAGGAAAACUGUCCACCAAAUACCACCAACACUACAGCAGACGGGAUUUAACUUCGCAGUGACUGGAGCUAACACAUACCAGCUACCAAAACAAGCAAGGCAUCUGGUUGACACAAUGAAAACAUUUCCUGACAUAAACUUCACACAAGACUGGAAAUUAGUCACUGUCUUCAUUGGAGUUAACGAUUUAUGUGACUACUGCAAAGACAAGGAUCUGUUUUCACCUUACAGCUUUAUAUACAACGUCACUGAAGCCUUGGACAUACUUUCUGAUGAGAUGCCUAGGACAAUAGUGAACUUAGUACAGUUACUGCCAAUUGAAGGUCUCCGUUUAGUCAACGAUGGCUCUUUCGGAUGUUUACUUCAAAGGAAGUUUUGUCCAUGUUUAGUAAACCCUAUGCCUGAUUCAGCUGAAUUAAGGGAAUUACGCAGAAUUAAUAAAGUGUUUCAGACAAAGCUGGAAGAGUUGGUUGCAUCUGGGAGAUUUGACCAGAAAGAAGAUUUCACUGUCAUACUUCAACCAUUUCUGAAAAGUGUAACACCUCCAUUAAAUUUGGCUGGUGAGGUUGAUUACUCCUUUUUCAGUCCAGACUGUUUCCAUUUCACCAUAAAGGGGCACAAGGAGAUGGCCAAAGCACUUUGGAAUAACAUGUUCCAACCAGAAGGCGAGAAGGUGGAAAUUUAUUCAAUUUCUAAACCGGUGCAGCUCAUUUGUCCAACAAAGGAACAUCCUUACAUUUAUACCCGAUGGAACAGUGUUGCCUCUAUGCCUCCACCAUCAACCAGUGUGUCAGCUACAUGGACACAAAUAGAUGUUUCUGCAUUUACCCUACUUCUUCUGCCUUUUGUUAACUUUUCCUGAUCUGCUUCAACUAGGCAUAGAAAGUGUUCUUGAAAUGUAAAUGAAGAAAUGAGCUCCGAAAUAUGCAUUUCUGCUGGAAAUUGUUACAACCAAACAAACGUUCUCAACUACAAAAGAAAAAUGCUGCAAUGGAUGAAUGUUUUAAAGACCUUUCCUCCUUUGUGAGCGAAUUUGAAAAGACUUAACAUGGAUUUUCAUUGAACUGUUUCUUGUUUAAUACAUAUUCAGCAUGUAUAAGUUCAACAAAUAUAACAACAUGGGGCUACAACCCAUGAUUUUCUACCCAUUGAAAUUAACCAAUGAAAUACCAUGAGACACAAAGUUUGGAACCAUUAGCUUGCCUGCUGGAUUGAUUUGACCAUUCCUGCCGCAAGUGCUUGUGCUCAGAUGGGGGAAGGCAAGGCACCGCAAUCUGUCUAAUUUGUGAAAAAUGGCCAAUAAAUUUUGUUAAUGAGCUUAUUGUCAAUUGCCAAUGAUUAGAAUUUUGCUGAGGAGAUAUAGUUGAACACUGGAUCAGGGACAGUUCAGGUAUGUGGAGGUGGCAACAUAGUGUGGAAUCAUUCAUGGUCACACUAUUUAUUAGGUGAGCCCAUGAAAGGGCAGCUGAAGUAUUUUUGAGUGUAUAUAAGAACACAACCAAAAAGUAGAACAGAAGUCAUUUCACCUUGCUUCAUCCAUCAGUAACAGGAAAAGCACCUGAUAAGCUAGCAUUCUGCAUUACACUCGCCAUCAUGCCCCUGAAAAGACUGGAUCACCUGAUCAUCUUUUUGUGACUCUGAUAUUGUUACAAAGGUCAAUGAAAUGAAAAUGCAAUAGAAACCAUCUGCGCACCAUCAGCAGGCCAUGAGGCUUUGGAAGAUGAAGAUGAGGUGCCUGGAACGCUUGUUGGGAUCAGACAGUACACUCCCGCAAGGGUCCCCUGGUGAUCUGUGGCAUACUCUAUACUAUGACCUUCCAAAGCAGUGUCAACCCUGAGGUGGGCAAAGCCCUGGAAUGGCAAUUUUCAUUGUGAGAAAAGGAAAUUCUGGAGAUGGAAGAGGAAGAAUUAAAGGGCAUAGAGCAAGGUGAUGUCAGACAGCACAAAGAGGUGACCUAGGCUGGAUGGUAAAA